AUGGCCAAAUUCAGAUCUGGUGGUGGAAUCAACGGUGGAGAGAAGGGAGGUUGUGCUGACGUGGACGCAGGAGGUGAUGAUGAUUGCUGAGCUGGCACGGAUCGUGAGGGGAGUGAGAGGGGGGGGAGGGAGGGCGGCAUUGGAUCGGAGAUGGUUGGAUAUGAUGGUGCAGACACAGCGGGUGGUGUGUGCCGUGCAUGACUCGAUUGUGCAAGGAGGAGUGCCGCUGAUUAUAGAAAAUGGCCAGGAGAGAAGUCAGGAGUAG